GGCCACCUCUGCACUCAGACCCGGCCUUGAGCUUGCCCGCAGCAUCUCGGGGAAGCGGGGCUGAAGUCUGCGUUGCCGGUGUGGCCGUCUCCCAGGGUGGCCAGAACCCCAUGGCCUGACACAGGCCUCAGGCCCCUGAUCCCCUUGGCCCUGGAGGUCUGGGUGGACCAUCGUCUGUGGCAGUUCUGUGUCCUUGGUGACACGGAAGACCCCCAGGUCACUGGCCAGGGCAGUCCCGGCGUCUCUGUCCCUGUGCUCAGCCAGCGGGACCCCGGACCUGCACAGCUGGAGGGAGACAGGUGUCAAAAUGUCUGGGAGGGCAGAGGCUGCGAUCCCACCUACAGUUCUUUCAAAACAGACUGAGCCCUGUGUGCAGCCCUGGGGUUCCAGGUGCGAACGUGCUUCCUCUGUCUCCUCAGGCUUCGCUCGUCGGUGCAGGAGCCACUCCCCAGCCAUGGAGGGGGAGGAGAAGCAGCCAUCCCAGGAGGCUGACACGGAACCUGUUGUGACAGUGGGGGCUUCAGAGGUGGUGCCCAGGGUGCUUUCUGGAGAAUCCCAGAACCUGUCCGACGCGGACGCGCUGACCCUCCUCCUGGAGAUGAAGCUGAGGCGGCGGCGAGAGCGGCCCAGCCUGCCGCGCACGGUGACCGAGCUGGUGGCCGAGGACGGGAGCAGGGUGUACGUGGUGGGCACGGCCCACUUCAGUGACGACAGCAAGAAGGACGUGGUGAAGACCAUCCGGGAAGUGCAGCCUGACGUGGUGGUCGUGGAGCUCUGCCAGUACCGCGUGUCCAUGCUGAAGAUGGACGAGAGCGCGCUGCUCCAGGAGGCCAGGGACAUCAGUCUGGAGAAGCUACAGCAGGCCGUGAGGCAGAACGGGGUCAUGUCCGGACUCAUGCAGAUGCUGCUGCUGAAAGUGUCGGCCCACAUCACUGAGCAGCUGGGCAUGGCUCCCGGUGGCGAGUUCAGGGAGGCCUUCAAGGAGGCCAGCAAGGUGCCCUUCUGCAAGUUCCACCUGGGCGACCGGCCCAUCCCCGUCACCUUCAAGAGGGCCAUCGCGGCGUUGUCCUUCUGGCAGAAGGUGAAGCUGGCCUGGGGCCUGUGCUUCCUGUCAGACCCCAUCAGCAAGGACGACGUGGAGCGCUGUAAGCAGAAGGACCUGCUGGAGCAGAUGAUGGCGGAGAUGAUCGGCGAGUUCCCCGACCUGCACCGCACCAUCGUCUCGGAGCGCGACGUCUACCUGACGUACAUGCUGCGGCAGGCGGCCCGGCGCCUCGAGCUGCCGCGCUCCUCCGACGGUGACCGCCGCGGCGGCCGGGCGGGGGCGCUGUGGCCCGGUGGCCGCCGGGCGGGGCUGACGCGUCCCUUCCCCCACAGCGGAGCCCAGGAAGUGCGUCCCGUCCGUGGUGGUGGGCGUCGUGGGCAUGGGCCACGUCCCGGGCAUCGAGAAGAACUGGACCACGGACCUCAACAUCCAGGAGAUCAUGACGUGAGUAAUGCCCGCGAGCGCAGAGCAGCCGGCUGGGGGCGGCGGCCAGGCCGGGGGAACGUGUGCACGCCCCCCACCCCCGAGCCAGGCCCAGCCCGCCCUCCCUUCCCCAGCGUCCCCCCGCCGUCCAUCUCCGGCAGAGUGUCCCGGCUGGCCGUGAAGGCCGCCUUCGUGGGCCUGCUGGGCUACGGCCUCUACUGGAUGGGACGCCGCGCCACCGGCCUGGUCCUGUCGCUGCCUGUCACUCAGUACUGCCUGCAGAGGGUGUCCUCGGCCCGACCGCACAAAUAGGGAGGACCAGCACGGCGGGGGACCAUCCCCCCGUGCCCACCCGCAGGAGCUCUGGGUGCCACCCCCCGUGGGGGUCCAGGCCCAGCCACCCCUGCCCUCCCCCAACCCGCCCAAAUAAAGAAUUAUUUAACUGCU